AGCCUUGCUCCUGCCAUCAAUUGUCUCCUUCAUCAUCUAUAAGUUUCCGUCUUUCUCCUCUCUCUGCCCCAUUCCCAUUUCUCUCUUCUCAUCUGUCUCUUCAUCGCCCACCUUUCUCCCCAUCUUCCCUACGUCUUUCCUCUGUCUCUUGGACACUCUCUUCCACUGGCCCCUCUCCUUGACUUCUGAGGUUUCCUUCUCUGCGGCCAAAAGGGGGAGCCGGAGGAGACUACCAGUGGGGGGCGGAGGGGCCCCAGCCCAGGCCCAGAGCCCAGCCUGGCAGCGUCUCUCAGAUCUGGGACGACCAUUUCCUCCUUCAGCCCGGGAGGCCACUCGGGUUACAAGCUCAGGACAGUAGCAACUGGGAGAGUGUGUCUGCUGGUCGGGGAGGCCUUCUUACAAGGAGACCCUGGUCCGGUGGGGGCUCUACGUCCGCCAUGUCGGCACCCCGGCUGCUCACGUUGCAGCUGCUGCUCCUGCUGGGCGCGUGGUGGGCGCGCGCGGCCGCCCCGCGUUGCACCUACACCUUCGUGCUGCCCCCGCAGAAGUUCACGGGCGCCGUGUGCUGGAGCGGGCCGGCGGCCGCGCGCCCGACGCCGGAGGCUGUGAACGCCAGUGAGGUGGCGGCGCUGCGCGUGCGCGUGAGCCGCCACGAGGAAUUGCUGCGCGAACUUCAGCGGCUGGCAACGGCCGACGGCGCCGUAGCCGGCGAAGUGCGUGCGCUGCGCAAGGAGAGCCGAGGUUUGAGCGCGCGCCUGGGCCAGCUGCGCGCGCAGCUGCAGCACGAGGCGGGCCCGGGGGCGGGGCCUAGCCCGGGGGCGGAGCCCGCCUCCGCGCUAGCGCUGCUCGGGGAUCGCGUGCUGAACGCCUCAGCCGAGGCGCAGCGCGCUGCCGCCCGCUUCCACCAGCUGGACGUCAAGUUCCGCGAGCUGGCACAGCUAGUCAGCCAGCAGAGUGGCCUCAUCGCCCGCCUGGAGCGCUUGUGCCCGGGGAGUGCGGGCGGGCAGCAGCAGGUCCUGCCCCCACCACUGGUACCUGUGGUCCCUGUCAGUUUGGUGGGUGGCACUGGCGACACCGGCAGGAGGCUAGACUCAGCCGCAGAACCUCAGAGAGAUCAGACCCUGAGACAGCCAAGACCCCUGGCCUCUCCUCUGCCCUCGGGGCACCCUGCUGUUCCUGCUAAGCCAGCAGGCCCAUGGCGGGAUUGUGCAGAGGCCCGCCAGGCAGGCCAUGGACAGAGUGGAGUGUAUGAGUUACGAGUGGGCCGGCAUGUGGUGUCAGCAUGGUGCGAGCAACAGCUGGAGGGAGGAGGCUGGACUGUGAUUCAGAGGCGGCAAGAUGGCUCGGUCAACUUCUUCACUACCUGGCAGCACUACAAGGUGGGCUUCGGGCAGCCUGAUGGGGAAUACUGGCUGGGCCUUGAACCUGUGCAUCAGCUCACCAGCCGUGGGGACCAUGAGCUACUGGUGCUCCUUGAAGACUGGGGAGGCCGUGGGGCACGCGCCCACUAUGAUGGUUUUUCCCUGGAGCCUGAGAGUGACCACUACCGCCUGCGGCUUGGCCAGUACCAUGGGGAUGCUGGAGACUCUCUUUCCUGGCACAAUGACAAGCCUUUCAGCACCGUGGAUAGAGACCGAGACUCCUAUUCUGGUAACUGUGCCCUGUACCAGCGGGGAGGCUGGUGGUACCAUGCCUGUGCCCACUCCAACCUCAAUGGGGUGUGGCAUCGAGGUGGCCACUACCGUAGCCGCUACCAGGACGGGGUCUACUGGGCCGAGUUUCGUGGUGGGGCUUACUCUCUCAAGAAGGCUGCCAUGCUGAUCAGGCCCCUGAGGCUGUGACCCUCUGUCCAUCUGUCCCUCAGGUCCCAGGGGAUGUGUGUCAGCAGGAGCCCAAGUUGUCCUGGUCACCCCUCCUUCGUGGCUCCACGCAGACCACGCCCCACAGACCUUUUCCAGUUGUGGAUCUGCAGGGCUUCCCCAGAGCUCUGCAGACAGUGCCCAGGAAUCCCCCUGCCAAUAUCUUGGACCCAGACAGCUCCCCAAGGGCAUUGAGAUUUCAGUUUGAGCUCAUAUUUUAUAACAACACAAAAUAUCCACAG